CGUCCCUGGACCAACAACCCGCAAGAGGCGUGUCGAUCACGUCAAGGUGACUCCCCGGCAGGAAAGAGUUGGUAUCCCUGAGUGAGGGGGAUGGGCUGCUCAUGUUUACUGAGGGUCACGUGUGUAAUCCGGCCUGGGUGAAGGACGGGUAUACGUAGAAGACAAACGCCCACCCCUAAAAUAUAAGACGGCAAGGUGACUCCUUGAUCCACAAGAGUCAAUUCACAUGAGAGCUGAGUAAUAUUAAUUCAGGUUAUAAGUGAUGGAUAGUCUUCACACAUUCACUCGACCGGCGUCGCUGGAAUCUGGCUGCACGAGUUACAUAUUCAUAUAUUUAUAUUCAAACACCGGUGACUGAGCAUAACACACAUGCUGGCCUUGUGGAGGGGGAGUGGGGAGGGAGGGAUGAGUACACAAGUGACGUGGAAAAUGUAUGCGCAAUAAGUCACCGACAAAAUGUUGAAUAUAAUUGUGAUGGAGCUUCCGCGUCGUCCCUCAGGCUUUCUUGCUCGGCGUGUUUGAAGACGCAAGGAAAGGAUCAAGCCGCGGCUGUCAUCCCGUGAGACCCACUGACUAAUGAGAGUGGUGAAGUAGUUUGCACCUGUCCCGGAUGUGAGCAACACACGGAAAUUACAGUGGUUACCCUCCCAGUACUCCGACACACACUAAUGUCAUAAUUAAACCUGAGAUGCCAGUGCUGUUGCUACGUCUUUGUCUCUGGCUGGGUGUCUCUCAGCAUCUUGCGUCGCUGUGCAGUGAUUUGCUUAUUCUAAAUAUUCUUCACACUUUCUUUUCCCUAUUCUUUCGUCUGCCUUUCCUACCUGAGGGUGUUGCGCCUUGAUUGUUCACAUGACUCACAUGAACACACCUUCUCCGGCAUCGCGUUUGCUCAAGUCAAGGCUGUGGGGGCGUGGGAACUCACAAGGUCAAGCCUCAAGGGAAGGAGUGGCUAAUAAAGGGAGUCCUGCCUUCCUCCUGCUUCACUCCUUUCCUCGGCCUCUCAGACGGCGGCGGCUCACCAUGACGAUGGCGUGGACUCAGGUAGUGGUGGCGGUGUGCCUGGUGGCAGCUGCAGAGACCCAGCAAGAGUGCCGCGUGUGUCCUGAAGGGUGCCAGACGGUGCCCCGAGCUGAUGGCUCGUGUGGUGUCUGCAUCUGUGACGGCGUGGCGCUGACUGACUGCCAGGUGCCCCUCGAAUGUCCUGAGUCCUGCCCGGUAGAGCGAGGCGUGGAGGGCUGCCUCCAGUGUUCCUGCGUCGGUCAGGAUGCGCUGUGUCGUCCACUGGGAGCCUGCCCCGAGGAGUGCCAGCAACUCGUGGCGGACACCGGCUGUCCUGAAUGUAUCUGUGAGGAACGCGAGGCGCUUUGCCCGCCCCUCCAGUGUCCCGAGGGCUGCACGUUGGAGGAGGAGGAGGGCGGCUGCCCCAGCUGUCGCUGCAAUGCGCCGCGCGUCUGUCCCGCCAUACCCGAGUGUCUCCGAGGCUGCAUCGACCGAGACGAGGAACGCGACUGUUACUUUUGUAAUUGUGCAGUGGAGCCCGACCAGCCCCUGGAGGGAGGCGUGGCCCAGCCGCAGCCUGCUGCUCCAGCCCUGCCAGACCAAAGGCCGCCUGAUGAUGGCGUCAUUGAAGACCUUCCCGGGGAGUUUGAUCCUGUUGACGCAGAGCCUGUGGAGCCUGUGGAGCCUAUCCGUCCCGAGGUGGACCCGGCGUGUGGUGACCAGCGCCUGGAGUGUGCCGCCGGCUGCCGCAUCGGCACAGACGCCAACGGGUGCCGCCGGUGUUACUGCGGCACCAACGCCAUGAUUUGCCCUGGCGUGCGGCGAUGCAAUAGUCGCUGCCAGUACCGGAGCCCUGAGGACGGCUGCUGUCGCUGCCAGUGUGCCGGGCCGGCUAGCCGUCCUGGACUCAGGGUCACUCUGAGAGGGCUCACGCCGGUCUCUGUUGGACGGAUCUUCUCAAUUGGUCGUGCAAGAGGCAGGCGGGGACAGCUUCCCUUCACUCGCAUUGUCUUGCCGUGACCGGCAGCCUGGCUGGGCUGGCUGGGAUCUGGCGGCGGGAGGCUGCGGCCGGCGUCGAGGAAAGGAGGACUUCUACGGAGAUGCCUGGUAUUCUAGAUGCAUAAGGGAUGUGUCAGGACUGAAAAUGUUUGCAUUUGACACAAGUAUGGUUGACUUGUGAAUGUAUUACUGUAAAGUACAUUGUACCUUUGUUU